CAGCAACCAUUAUUGAACACUUUGAAGUGCCUGAGUUGCAACUCCUUCUAUGUCCUUCCUCCAUGGUCUGAUUCUGUUUGACCUUUGGAUUGCAGUCCGUGUGGUUGUUGAUGCUGCUAAGGAAGUGGACUUUGUUAGAGACCCAGGAUAUCAUCAUGCAAUACCAAUAUCUGUUGACUGUCAUUUUCUUUGCAUUAACAAUAAUUUAUGCAUCGGCGUACAAGCCAACAAAGUUUGCGAAAGAGGUGGUCUGUGAGGGAUGUCAUGCAUUUGUCACAGAAGCUACAAAGCUGAUGAACAGAAAACACACAGCUAAAGACAAGAUCGACACUCGGAUCAGAGAUGCGCUGAGGAGGACAUGCGAUACAGAAAAUCUACGUGCGUAUGAGUUCAGCCCUCCUAACUUGAAGAAAGUCUGUGACUACUGGACAACCGAGUACAAGGACGAGAUCACCAAGGUCUUUAAGGAGUAUUCUGAGCCCGAGGAGAGAGAAAUUGCCUUGUGCUUUGACGUCACUGAUGCGUGCAUUGGCGUUGAUCGGUCGACUUUCCGCAUCAAUAAGUACAAGGGUCCGUCCCGAAAGGCUGUGCGAGAGCAGACAGGCAAAAGCAAGAUGACAGGAAAGAAAAAGGAAAGUGCCAAGGCUGAAACCAAACAAAAAGACAAAAAAGAAGAGCUGUAGGCCUAAUGUCUUUCGAGGCUAUGAAGAGAAAGGUCAUUUCCAAGACUGAACGAGAAAUUGGUGACGAAUUGUGAUCAGCAAUCAAAACGCAAGCAUUCCUGAUGAUGUCAAAGAAUACAGCAGCAGAUUCACUGGGAAACAUUUUGUCAAUAGGUGGCGGCAGACACACUGGUUAUAGUUGACACAUUUAUCAGGAUGAUAGGGGUUUUCCUAUUCCUGGUUUCAGUUCAGCUUCUGAUCUUAGACAAGCACCCCUCCCCCCUUUUCACAGUUAUGGGGACCCAGCUUAACACAAGUCCAUUUUCUGCUUCAAAAACAUCAGAUCCUGUGACACAACAAAGUUUAGAGUAUUGCCCAUGGUUUGAGUAUGUGACGCUUGCAAUAAUUCUAGAGCUGAUGUUCUUAAAUGACCAAGGAUUUGUUCUGGCCAAGCAGCGACAAAUUUGUGUCAUAAAAACACAUCCAAGAUCUUAUACAUGACUGAGACCGUUUUCGAUAUUGUGCCUUCAUCUCCAGGUUUGGCUUUAAGUCAGAUGCUAGAAUCACUCAAACCAAACUAAUGGACAUAUACUGACAAAUUGAUGCUUAUGCUGCAGAGAAUGGAGCUGUUUUAGGCUGCAGGAUUUCAACUCGUGGGCUGAUUCAUGAACUUGAAGACCAAAGCUUAACAAAAAUGCAGACUGACAUUCUGAAAAACCUGCUAGAACUCUACCGAUCAACCAUCGCAUUUGAUAGAGAUUAGAUUGCUUAUUCAAAAUUGUGCUAGGAACUCUAAAAUGAACAUUAUUGGGCAGUUGUUAUUAAGCUGUGAUCUUACUGGCCUUCUCUCUGCAUUUUUUUUGGGGGGGAGGAAUCUUGUGUGUUAUAAAUUUUUUUUGACUCAAUUUUGUGUUGAAUUUUGACUCCUCUUGAUGACACAAUUCUUUUUUCUUCUCAAAACAUUUUUUAACAUUAUACAGUUACUUAGACUAGCCCACAUUGGAACAAAAUGGCAAGUGGCAGAUCACUGGCUGUCAUUUACUACUAAAAUUUAUAUAUCACCCCACUCUUAUAUGUGUAUCAUGGUUACAAGAAACCUUGUAUUUUUUUUGGAAAGAGCCAUUCAGCAUUAUCAUCGUCUUUAAAUGGUGACCUUUUUCAAAAUUUGUGGACCCAUCUAUCCAUCCACACUUUUUCGAUCGAAAGAAUUGACUUAGCGUUAUACACAAUUAUUAUUGUGCAUAAGAACCCUCGUUCAUUCACAUGGGUAUGCCUAUGCAUCCAGCAUGCCCAUGAGGUUCGUGGCACUGUUGAUCCAAGUUUCCAAAUGUUUAAAGAUAAACAAGUUCACCGUACUUUAUUAUGGCACUCGAAAACUAUGAUGGUCGGAUUCAUAGUUCAAUAGGGGGUCUGAAAGCUGUAUCGUAUGCGUAGGUAGGCACGUCGUUGUCAAACUAGAGACCAAAUUUAAAAAUGGUCUCUAGUAGUAAUGAAUAACAAAACAGCAGUGGUAUCGACCACGGACGAAUGCUCAUAAAACCUGCUAUAAAAUGUAAAAUCCGUAGGGUCUAAAAUAUACGAAGUGCAUUUUAAAUGUAACCCCUUCCGUUUAUUGGGUCGCCAAACAAAUCCACCCUUCCUCUUUGUACACUUGAAAUUCCAAAGCAGCGCAUUAUGUGUAUGAACCCGCCAUGUGAGUUCAAACCGUGACAGAUUUACGGAGUUGUGGUAGGCUACAUUCAUGUGGGAAAUUAUUAUAUACAUAAUGUAAUCGUUCCUGUCGAUCUUGCAAGGGCUGUCAUAAAACGCUGUACAGUCUUUCCUGGAUGUUUGUACAUUGCGGAAUUGCAAGAGGGACUUCGUGUGAACAUGAUACAUUUGUAGUCGUGUGGUAUUUUGCUAUGACUUACUUCAUAUACAUGUGCGUAUACCAGUUUGAAAAAUUACCCGCAUGGAAACGCGAACGUGAACAUCAGACCCAGAGGUCAAAGUUGCUGCAGAUGCUAGGUGCAUUGCGAUAAGCCUGUCUAACGGAACUCCGGAUUUAAAAAAAAGUGAAGGAAAUAAAAAGCUGCCAAAAACAACCUGUCAUUGUUCGAGGAAGUAUGUCCCAAAACGAUCGGGUGAUGGCCUAAAUUUUUGAAUAAGAAUAAGUAUACUCGGGACCUCGCCUUUGUAAAACACAUUUGUAGAAUGUGUAAUCGUGCUGAAAUUGAUGGGUCAAAAUGUGAUGAAAGUAAAAUUUGGCAGUCGGGGCUGUAAAUAAGCUGUGUUCAUUCAUUUAUUCCAAAUCCUGUUUCCACUGAUAUAAAAUACAAGCACGUUUAUAUACAUGUAAAUGUUAAGUUUGGAACAUUUUGGUUGAUCCCACCUUAAAAUUUGGUGGAGUAUCGGUCUUCUUAAGAGUUUCAAUAUUCUGUUCCCUGCGUUAAGUUAUUGUUUUUGUUCUUACGAAUUUUUUUUUUUUAGAAUGAAACCAUCCGACACCCAUCACUGAAAUCAAAAAUAUACAAUGCACAUUAUCCUUACAUGUGUUCACGUACAUCGCUGGUAAUGUUGGUACCCGUAUGUACUGAAACUAAGUCAAACCUUGGACGAAAAAGAACACGUGGUCAAAAUUUCAUACAGAACCAGUUUAUCGAACAAGAAUUUAUACCGAUGUGUGCCUUGCUUCCAGUGUGCUGCUUUAAUGUUCACAGUCCUCAGAUGCUUGGAAAUAUUCAUAUAAAUGACCAACCUUGGCAAAUCAGUUUUCUUCUCUUUUUUUUAAUUCAAAACAUUCCAAUUAUCUAAUUGAUGAUUGAUGCCUUUAUAAUGGUGACAGUAUUUAUCAGAUUCAAAUUACAAUGUACAUGUAUAUUUUUAUAAAUUUGAAAACUAUGCCAUAUUGGUUCUACUGAUUCUUAGCGACAGUAUAUAAACCGGACAGCAAAAGAAACUUGCCACUUCUGUCCAAGGCCACACAUAAAACUUCACUCCAUAAAAAUAAACAAUUUUUGUA